AUGAACCUCUCGCCGUCCCCAUCGCGAGGUCUUAUCCCAUUGCGACUGUACAACUUCCUGUCACAGUUACUUUGUCACGCGCCUUUGGCUCUUAGAAGUUGCCCGGUGCACCCAGCGCAGCUUAUUCGAAGCGACAGCCGGAGAGUGCGACGAAGUGGAUACAGCAUCAUGUCAAAUGGCAUGAAUGGUGACUGCAUUGAUGAAGACAAUUCGCCCCUCUUAUUCCCGUCACUCGAGUCGAAUGCGAAGCGAGAUAUCUUGUCUGCUUGA